AUGAUGAUGAUAUAUAAGCAAGUCGACGCUAAUAGCCGUGCUUUCUUUGAUUCGCACCCUGGUUACUAUAUGAUUGACAAAUCUGAACAAGUGGAAACGCUAUGCAUUGAGAAGGAUCAACCAGGUGCUGAUCUUUCCGAUAGCAAUCUUCAAUUCAAAUGCGAUCUCAUCGAUGAAAUGGGUCUUGGGACUAUUAUUGCCACUGAAAAAAUUACUGUUAAAAUAUAUGGUUAG